AUGUCCAUGUCCAGCAAUGGGCGCGAGAAGAAUUGGUGCGUCGCGUCAGUAGACCUCAUGCUGGACAAAGUCGAAUCGAUAUUACCGAUGGGCAAAAACGCAUGGAGAAAGGUAGAAGUUGAGUUCAACACAGCGGCAAGCGUUUUUCCGCACCGUGAUGCCGAAUCAUUGAAGUGUAAAUAUCAACAGCUACGCAACAAUCCGAAGCCAACAAGCGACCCGGAGUGCCCGAUGGAUGUUCGGCGAGCAAAGCGGAUUGCUCGUGACAUCGACAACAAAACAGACGUGCUGGCACGCGAGGACGAUUGUGAAGUGGACGACGAAGUUGGCAGCAUAGGCAAUGGUCAAAAUAAUCAAACCAAGCCGAGUUAUGCCGCGAAAACUGAAUUUGAGGCGCGACAACCGGAUAGGACACCUAACUUUCAAACCCACCCUGAGCUGGUUCAAGGUAAUCCUUGCACGUACAAGGAGUAA